AUGCCACCAGACAACGUCGACCUUAGCCUCAUGGCAGCCGAGCGCGAUGCCUCUCCUGAACGAUUCCGCCGGCGUGCCUCGCACGAAAUUGAGCGUGUGCUCUCCGCCUCUUCAGCGUCGUCCUCGUCGUCCACAUCGACAGCCCCCGACCACCCCCAAUUCACACGGAAUAUGAGCCGCAUCUCCACACAAAACGACCUCGAGAGGCACCCCACCGAGCUCAGUCGCAUCCACACCGCGAGGAGCCAGCACCAGAGCACCGUGGGCAGUGGCAUCCGCAGCCGGACGAGCACGCGGGCAGAGAAGAAGCCCCUGCCGCCAUUUGGCGCAGGCAAGCCGUACCCGCCACCAUUGCCUGCGCAGGAGGAGUACGUCGUCGAGUUUGACGGGCCCCAAGAUCCAUUGCACGCGCAGAACUGGCCGUUGCGCAAAAAGGUCCUCACGGCGGCCAUGCUGGGCUACACGACCAUGACCUCGGCGUUCACAUCCUCCGUCUUUAGCGCCGCGACGAUGACGGUUUCGCAGAUUUACGGCGUGGGGACAGAGGUCGGUCUUCUGGGGACGACAUUCUAUGUGCUCGGUUUCGCUUUUGGACCGACACUGUGGGCGCCGCUGUCCGAGCUGCGCGGUCGUCGGCUACCACUGGUCCUGUCCAUGUUUGGUUUCACCGUCUUCUCCGCCGGCUGUGCUACCGGCAAGGACAUCCAGACCAUCCUCAUCUGCCGCUUCUUCUCGGGUUUCUUUGGUGCCUGCCCGCUCGCCGUCGUCGCCGCCGUCUUCUCCGACAUGUUCGACAACAAGACCCGUGGUAUCGCCGUCACCCUCUUCAGCAUGGCCGUCUUCACUGGUCCUCUCCUCGCUCCCUUUGUAGGAGGCUUCAUCGUCGAGAGCUACCUGGGCUGGCGCUGGACGGAGUACCUGGCCACCAUCAUGGGUGGGACGGCCCUGAUCCUCGACUUCAUCUUCCUCGAGGAGACGUAUCCUCCCGUCAUCCUAAUUCAAAAGGCCGCGGAACUCCGUCGUCGCACCAAGAACUGGGGCAUCCACGCCAAGCAGGAGGAAAUCGAGGUCGACUUCCGCGAACUCGUCACCAAGAACUUUUCGCGACCUCUGCGUCUGCUCUUCACCGAGCCCAUCAUCCUCUUCCUCUCUAUCUACAUGAGUUUCAUCUACGGUAUCCUUUACCUCUUCUUGACAGCCUACCCACUCGUGUUUGUCGGUGUCCACGGCUUCAGCUCCGGCCAGAGUGGUCUGACCUUCUUUGGCAUGAUUGCCGGUCAGGUCAUUGCCGGCGCGGCGGUUCUGGCGCAGCAGCCGUGGUACAUGCGCAAGCUGACAGCCAACAACGGCCUGCCUGUGCCCGAGUGGCGUCUCCCCAGCAUCAUGGCCGGCGGCAUCGCCUUUGCUAUCGGUAUCUUUUGGUUUGGAUGGUCCGGAUACAAUCCCAACGUCCACUGGGCGGUCCCGGCUGCCUCGGGCGUCUUCACCGGCUUCGGCCUCAUGUCCAUCUUCCUCCAGGCCCUCAACUACCUCGUCGAUGCCUAUCUCAUGUUUGCCGCCUCGGCCAUCGCCGGAAACACCUUUAUGCGUUCCCUCUGCGGUGCCGGUUUCCCUUUGUUUGCGCGCCAAAUGUUUGAAGGGAUGGGCAUCCAGUGGGCCAGCACCCUCCUAGGCUGUGUUGCCGCCUGCCUGGCGCCGAUCCCGUUUGUCCUGUACAAGUAUGGUCACAAGAUCCGCGCCAAGAGUGCCUACGCUCCGACGUUCAAUGCCCCCGCUGAGGAGCCCGCCGAGGAGCACGAAGAGGUGUCCCAUGGCGAAAAGGACGGUGAGGAGGCGGCGGCCCGGGCAAACGCCCCUCUGAGGGAAGGCGAUGCCAAUGACACAAAGGAGACUGUCUAG